AUGGACGACGCCGCGCUCGAGAAGGCGCUCCUGCUCGCCGUCUCCGCAGGGGACGUCGAGUCGGACGCUUUCGCCUCCGCCAACGGCGCGGACCACAAGAAGGUGGUCGGCCUCCUCAAAUCCCUCGAGUCGUCCGAGCUCGUCCGAUCCGCCGCGAGGGACCACGGCGCGCUCAAGCUGGCGGCAGAGGCGCAGGCGUACCUCACCCAGGGCACCCCCGAGGCGCAGGCAUUCGCGGCCGUCCCGCCCGGCGCCGGCGUUCCCCUCGCCGACUUCAAGAAGCUCGACAAGACGAUAUCCGACAUCGGCUUCAAGCAGGCGAUGCAGCAGAAGUGGCUCGCGAUGGAGAAGGGCGAGGUCCCGAUGGUGGUGCGCAAGGCGGACGCGGUGGAGGACACCGCGCGGAAGUACCUCGAGGCGAUCAACGCGGGCGACGUCGCGUCCGUCCCGCCCAAGGAGCUCGACGCGCUGGUCAAGAAGCGUAAGCUCGUGAAGCAGGAGACGUGGAAGACGUUCACGAUCGGCAAGGGGGCCAAGUUUGCGCUCGAGCGAAAGAAGGCGGCGGCGGACCUCACCAAGGAGAUGCUGCAGGACGGCAGCUGGCGGGACGCCGAGUUCAAGCAGUACAACCUCGUCCCCGGCGCCGGAGCCCCGCCCAACGGCGGAUGCGUCCACCCGCUGCUCAAGGUUCGCCAGCAGUUCCGCGAGAUCUUCCUCCAGAUGGGCUUCGCCGAGAUGCCGACGAACAACUUCGUGGAGAGCGGAUUCUGGAACUUCGACACCCUGAUCCAGCCCCAGAUGCACCCCGCGAGAGACGCGCACGACACCUUCUUCAUGAAGACCCCGGCUGUCGCCAACAGGGCCCCCGAGGACUACGUCCAGCGCGUCCGGGCGAUGCACGAGAGCGGCGGCCACGGUUCCAUCGGCCACCAGUACAGCUGGAAGCGAAGCGAGGCGGACAAGAACAUCCUUCGCACGCACACCACCGCGGUGUCCGCGCGGUGCCUUCACAAGCUCGCGCAGGACGGGUUCCGCCCCGCCAAGUUCUUCAGCAUCGACCGCGUGUUCCGCAACGAGGCGGUGGACCGCACGCACCUCGCUGAGUUUCACCAGGUUGAGGGCGUCAUCUGCGACGUGGGGCUGACGCUCGGAGACCUCAUCGGCGUGUUGUACCAGUUCUUCGCCAGGCUCGGCAUGACGCAGCUCAGGUUCAAACCCGCGUUCAACCCGUACACCGAGCCGUCGAUGGAGAUCUUCGCGUACCACCCGAUGCUGAAGAAGUGGGUGGAGGUUGGCAACUCGGGCAUGUUCCGACCGGAGAUGCUCAUCCCGAUGGGGCUGCCCGAGGACGUGAACGUGAUCGCGUGGGGGCUGAGCCUGGAGCGGCCGACCAUGAUCAUGUACGGCAUCGAUAACAUCCGCGACCUCUUCGGGAGCAAGAUGCAGAUGUCGUCCGUGAAGAACAACCCGGUGUGCAGGUUGGGGAUGAUCGAGCAGAGGGAGACGGUCAAGGCGACCGAGUGA